UUUCAGUUGGUUAUCGCAUUUGUACUGGUGGCCACCGUUAGUGCCGGAGUUUUAGUACCACAACCGCUCCAUCACUACAGUAAUCAAGUGGAUGAAUACAAUCCUCAUCCUCAAUACAAAUUCUCUUAUGGCGUUGAUGACAAAGUGACAGGUGACUCUAAGAGUCAAUUCGAAGAGCGCGAUGGCGAUGUGGUGCAUGGCCACUACUCCUUGAUAGAUGCUGAUGGCUUCAAGCGCACAGUCCAUUAUACCUCUGAUCCACAUAACGGUUUCAAUGCGGUCGUAAACCGCGAACCAUUGGUGAAGGUAGCCCAAGUUGCUCCAGUGGCGCACUAUGCUCAUGAGCCCGCAGUUGUUCACAAUGCUCCUGAUUAUCAUUAUCGUCAUUACUGA